CGGCCGCGGCGUCCGGCCCGGGUUCCGCGCCGCUAGGGCGCGGGCGGGGUCGGGGGUUGCGUGGCCGGCGCUGCUCGCCCGCCUCGAGUCCGCGUCCCGGGCCCUGGCGGCCGGCGAGCAUGGAGGAGAAGUACCUGCCGGAGCUGAUGGCGGAGAAGGACUCCCUGGACCCCUCCUUCACGCACGCCCUGCGGCUGGUGAACCAAGAAAUAGAAAAGUUUCACAAAGGAGAAGGCAAGGACGAAGAAAAGUACAUUGAUGUGGUGAUUAAUAAGAACAUGAAGCUGGGACAGAAAGUGUUGAUUCCUGUAAAACAGUUCCCUAAGUUCAACUUUGUGGGAAAACUUUUGGGGCCACGUGGCAAUUCUCUGAAGCGCUUGCAAGAAGAAACCUUGACAAAAAUGUCCAUCCUUGGAAAAGGCUCCAUGAGAGACAAGGCAAAGGAAGAAGAGUUGAGGAAAAGUGGAGAAGCAAAGUACUUCCACCUCAAUGAUGAUCUCCAUGUUCUGAUUGAAGUGUUUGCCCCGCCAGCAGAAGCCUAUGCCCGGAUGGGACAUGCUCUGGAGGAAAUCAAAAAGUUCCUCAUUCCGGACUAUAAUGAUGAAAUCAGGCAAGCACAGCUCCAGGAAUUAACAUAUUUGAAUGGUGGUUCAGAAAAUGCAGAUGUACCAGUUGUUCGAGGGAAACCUACCUUGCGUACAAGAGGUGUACCGACCCCAGCAAUAACCAGGGGAAGGGGAGGAGUCGCGGCCCGGCCAGUGGGAGUCGGGGUACCGCGAGGGACGCCGACUUCCAGAGGAAUCCUUUCCACCCGAGGGCCAGUGAGUCGAGGAAGAGGACUUCUCACUCCCAGAGCAAGAGGCGUCCCCCCAACUGGGUACAGACCUCCACCACCGCCCCCAACACAAGAGACCUAUGGAGAUUAUGACUAUGAUGAUGGAUAUGGCGCUGCUUAUGAUGAACAGAGUUAUGAUUCCUAUGAUAACAGCUAUAGCGCCCCAGCCCAAAGUGGUGCUGAUUACUAUGAUUAUGGACACGGACUCAGUGAAGAGACUUACGAUUCCUACGGGCAAGAGGAGUGGACAAACUCAAGACACAAGGCACCCUCGGCGAGGACAGCAAAGGGCGUCUACAGAGACCAGCCAUACAGCAGAUACUGAUUGUACUGUCUGAUGUUGUGACAUAGCCAGUCUCCACCAGUCCUGUAUACUGUUCAAAGUAAUUGUUUUCUAUGAACAAUCCCUUUUUAAAUAAAUCAAAAUGCUUAACAUCUGAAUGGAUGGAAUUUAAAAUUACUUUGUUGAAACAUCAACCUGGGCAGAAAAAAGAAAAAAAAAAAGACAUGUAAAAUUUUGUUAUUUCCAGUCUGUAUAUGAAAAAAUAGGUCAUCAAAAGGAAAAAAAAUAACUUUGAUUAACUAGUGUUAAACAAAAAAGAUAGGUUUACUAAAUAUGUUAAUCCAUCCUUUUAACAUAAGCCUCACCUUUCAUUUUAAAGGUUUCCAUAGAAAUUUAGUUAUUUUAUCUUUCAGCCAUAUGCUAGUUUUUUUUUUUCUCUUGCCAACAUGCGUAAAAAGGGAAGCCAAUUACAAGUGCAAAUAAUGUGGUAUUCUUUUGUAACUCAAGUCUUGAAAUGUUCUGUAGUGUUAAGCAAAGUCUCCUCUUGCUUGAUACUAAAUAAACUUUUGAAAGAAAUUUUGUGUGUGUGAGCUAACAGUUUCAUGUCUCUCUUAUUUAAAAAGGCCUUCAUAAAUAGUCGUAAACAGGGAAAGGAUUCAUUUAACAACGCUUGUCAAAAAAGGGUCACACUAAACAUUGUACAACUUAUUUAAAACAUGGUAUAAAAUUAAAUGUACCAUUAUAUACUCACCGUAGAUUUAAAUGCUGUUUAAAGAGUCCAAAUGGUAUCAAGCUGCUUGAGUGGCACGUUAAAAACUACGCAAAACCAAAUCUUGUUUAAAAACUGGUUUUAAAAUAACUACUGAUUUUCUGAAAAAGAUGUGAUCAGUUUUCAUCUUGUUGAGCGUUUUUUCACUAGUGCAACUUUGGAUUUUUUAUGAGAAUUUUGGUACCUUAAUGAACACCUCGCUCCAUGCUGGAAGCAAUAAGCACAAAGCUUUUAAAGACAUUCUGACUUGACUAAUUGAGGUCGCACUCGCCAAGGCUGAGGAUGUGUAACCCUUAAACGGUCUUCAUUUUCAAAGGAAGUGUUGGCCAUCUUGGAAAGUGAAAGGAAGGUUGUGUCCGUCCAGCAGACACAGGCGAGGAAGCUGAGGCUCAGUGAAGUUACGGGCUUUGCCUGCGCCCCUGGAAACAGCUGAGAUCCAUCUUCGUUUAUGAAUCUGCCUCCCAGGAUCUGUUUGGUUCAUCCGUGGGCGCCCAGAGCCCAGCGCACGCCCAUCACAACAGCGGACAGUCACCGAGUACAUGCGGGGUAUCUACCAGCACCCUCCCUGCCCCCCGCUUAACUCACUUAAGCCUCAAGGAGCUAUCAAUCCCACUUUACAGAGAAGGAAACUGAGUCGUGGAGGUAACUGUCAAGGUCAUGCACUUGACGAUCGUCAUCUCGUUCUAGAUCACCCAGCAUGGCAGAAUUCUCCCUCCACCCCCGCCCCCCCCCCCCCCCCCCCCCCGUGCAACGCCCACUCCCCAGGUGGAGCAGAUAUGGUACUCAGCACAACGUGCCACCCGUAACUUUUAUAAAACACACAGGAAUGUGGACCCAUGCCCCCUCCCUCACCAGCCCAUCUCCUGUCCCCUCCCCCAGCCAUCCUUGCAUUGCGUCCUGUGAUCCUCCCGGGCCGGUCCCGCCGGCCCCUUCCUCAGGCGCUUCUUGUCUGCCCCCAGCUGGACGGGUCUCCCUGUCUCCCGCUUUUGCCUUUAGAGCACCUACAGGGACACAUCUGGGGCCCACGUCACAUCCUCCUUGCCCUCCCCCACCUCCCUCCGCCAGCCUGGGCGUCAGUUCACAGAACUCAGGUGGGUCUCGGUGCAGAGCGCUGAGUCCAGGGCUGGGGUCUCGGUCUCUCUCCUCCAGGGCUCCCCCGAGAGCAGCCACAUUGGAGAAGUGGGAUCGAGUUCAUAGCGGGGGGCACCCCGGAGCUGUGGACAGUGCUCCGGUCUCCCUCCCACCGCGUCUCUCCGGCUGACCUUCCAGGAGGGUUUCUGCCUACUUCUCAGGGGUCCCAGGAGCACUGGCCCCUGCUCGUCUGCACUGACCUCCCAGAGGCAUCCCUGUGUGUGUCCUCUCCUCCUUUCUUUCCCUGCCUGCCCACCCUCCCUCCUUCUGCUUCCUGGGAUCACAUCCCAAAUAAAGUCUGUGCACCC